UUUUUGCAUUUUGGUGUUGAUAUAAAAUUGGAUUAGUGAAUUGAUAAAAACAAAACGUUUAUUACACGGUAUUUAGGUGUACACAAUUCUGAUAAAUGGAUGUCUUCAGGAAAGGUCUCGUUCAUUGUAAGCGAUGUAUUCAUGGUUUUCGCCAAAAUGCUAUCGCUCGAAGUUUGUCCAGUAAGAGUUUAGAAACGGCGCCGCCAGUGGGCAGCUCUGCAGAGGCGGGCGACGGUGACGGCGCGGACGAAGCGGGCGCGCGCUGGGAGCGGCGCGUGGUGUCGGGCGUGCAGCCGACGGGAGCGCUGCACGUGGGCAACUACUUCGGCGCGGUGCGGCGCUGCGUGCGCCUGCAGGACGCCGGCGACGACCUCACCAUCUUCAUCGCCGACCUGCACUCGCUCACCACUAAACAGGACCCUCAACAGCUCCAAGAGAACGUUCUAGACCUAACAGCGUACCUGCUAGCCAGCGGCAUCGACCCGGACCGGAGCACACUGUUCGCGCAGUCGGCCGUGCCGCGCCACGCCGAGCUGUGCUGGCUGCUGGCGUGCCUCGCCACGCACGCGCGGCUGGCGCACCUGCCGCAGUACAAGGAGAAGGCCGCCGCCACCAAGGAGGUGCCGCUGGGGCUGCUACUCUACCCUGUGCUGCAGGCGGCGGACGUGCUGGUGUACCGCGGCACGCACGUGCCGGUGGGGCGCGACCAGCUGCAGCACCUGCAGGUGGCGGCGCAGCUGGUGCGGACCUUCCGCCACCGCUACGGACCGCUCUUCCCCACGCCGCGCCCGCUGCUGCCAGAGGAUGGCAGUGACAGGAUACUGAGCUUACGCGACCCGAGUAAGAAAAUGUCGAAGUCGGACGCUGACCCCAAGUCGCGGAUACUGCUGAGCGAUUCGGACGACGUUAUCACUAAAAAAAUCAGAAAAGCAGUCACAGACUUCACUCCACAGGUGACGUACGAGCCGGAGGCGCGGCCGGGCGUGGCCAACCUGGUGGCGCUGCACUGCCUGGCCGCCGACAAGACGCCCGAGGAGGUGGUGGAGGAAAGCGACGGGCUCACCACGGCGCAGUACAAGCGCGAGGUGGCGCGCGAGCUGUGCGCGACGAUCGCACCCAUUCGCGAGCGUGCUCGUCAGUACCGCGCGCGGCCGGCGCUGCUGCGCGACGUGCUGCGGCACGGGGCGGCGCGUGCACGGCCUCGUGCCGACGACGUGUUCCAGCGCGCCGCCGAGCUCACCGGCCUCGCGCCCGCCGCGCCCGCCCGGGCCGCGCACCUCGCACGAGGCUAACGACCAGCCGGACCACAAUGAGGGCUAUCGUUUUUAUAUUCCAUUUGCGAUUACCUAUAAAUGGCUAAGCAGAUGCAUAAUUUAAGGUCCCAUUAUUUGUAUUGUAUUGCUGUUGGUUUUCCGAAUAAAAUAAAAUAAAUAAAUAAAUACUUAACAGUUGGCACCCCUGGUGAUUGACAGGACCUUACUCUACAGUGACGCCAUCUUGAUGAGUACAAAUGCGAUAGUCCUCCUCCUACCACUUUAGAGCUCACCAGUGAGGGCUAUCGUUUUUAUACUUAACAGUUGGCACCCCUGGUGAUUGACAGGACCUCACUCUACAGUGGCGCCAUCUUGAUGAGUGCAAAUGCGAUAGUCCUCCUCCUACCGCUUUAGAGCUCACCGGUUGGUGCCACUGUCUUCGCUCCUAGCAAGUGACAGGACCUUACUCUACAGUGGCGCUAACCGGUGAGCGCUAAAACGAUAGCCCUCAUUCAACUGGGACUGCGACUGUGACAUUUGUAGAACGUGCAAUAUCCUGGAACCCACCAAAGUUUAGCCCGCUGUCUUAGAUUAAUAAGGCCUAGAAUUAGAUGGAUAGUCUUCAUACAAAGGCAUCGUCAAAAGUGAGACAAAAAUCUUGUCAUUACCAGAGUAAAUACAAAUGAGUAGGUUAUCUUCAUAGAAACGCACCGGGCGCAGUUUGUAUGUGAACGCGCCAAUACGUAUGCGGCGCGCACGCACACACUGACAAAAUUUAGCGUAGAUUAGCGGGGACCCGUGGAGGAGCCAGUCAUGCUUGCGCCGAAUUUUGAUUUUAUCGUAAUAAAAUGUUAUUAUUUGUUAUAUAACACAUAUUAUUAAAAUAAUAAUCAAGUUUAAAAGUUACCUCACUUUUCGUGCACUUACUAUCUAUAGCUAGGCUUUAUUUGUCUGUGCCGACGCGGGAGCUUAGAAACUCAAUAAACUCCCAGUGUAAAAUACUACUCUCAAAGAGUUCCUUUUAUUUCUACGCAUAAUCCUUUAGAAGUACACACGGGCACAGUGUUAACUAUCUAUUUCCAUGACUGCCUGACAUGACUAACAAUGGGUAGUUAACACUGUUGCCGAUAGUACCUAGUUUAUGCUUUAAACUGUUGAAAAAUCAUAUAAACAAAUUAGGUAUUUAUUUAGUUAAAAUAGUUCGUAAGGAUAUUUUUUUUUAAUGCUUAGGGAUUAAAACAAUCCUUUCUUUCUUGUUUGUUAAUAGGGAUGUACAUAAAUUAAAUAAUACAAAAAUA